GGCAAUUCGGAUUUCGAAGGAACUGGUGGAAUGCGAUGAGGGCAGCAUGCCAUGACACGCUGCAAAGGCCAAAGGAAACGACCAUUGACACGACAUAUCGCCGGUACGACAUAUCGCUAUAUGUCGCUGAUGUCCAAGAUUCGUUGGAGGGAAUGCGAUUGGUGGGCAAGUGGCGCAGUUAAUAGCAAGCAGAGCACCACCCGGUUGCUUGUGAAAUGAGAUGGAUGUCCUGUCCGGAUAAACCAGAUAUUACAUCCAUGCAAAUCCGAUCUUGCCAACUCUACCAUGUGGACACAAUGGUUGUGGGCUGUGGGUUGCGUCGUGUUGGGCUUGCUGCUUCAGACAGCGCUCCAUGACCAGCACCCGCACCCUGGACAGACCAUGUGCGAUGCAAGAAAGCUCGGACUCGUUGUCAUAGGCGACCACGGCAGUCUCGGCCGUGGGCUCUUGCAUGCUCUCGACACCUCCUCGCAAGCAGAGUUUUGCGGCGCCUCCGUGCACAUUGCGGCUAUCGGUGGCGAUCGAGGCUACAUCAAACAUCCCCACGGACUCUCGUGGGACCACAUUCGUACGCUCCUCAACCACACGACAAUUUUUCAUGGGAGCGGCUUGCAACAAGGUGAUGUCACUGUUGCCCACAGACCCAUGGAUGAUGAAACCAGCGAGCAAGUCGAAGUGGACGCGGAUGACGACGGCGACGACUUCCAGCGCCGGGACAAGCUUCGGGACGUGUUGGGAGACUUGGCUGCGUUCGGCCACUACGACAAGUUCAUUGUCGUCGACUGUACUUCGACGGCGUCCCCCUCCCAUGUGGAGGACUUGGCGUUGGCGAAAUCUCUUGGCAUGGGGCUAGUGCUAGCCAACAUCCAUGUGGUGGCAGGGCCUUGGGCCACGUAUGCGUCGCUUGUUCUGGACACCACAACGAAAACCAAGCAGAGCUCGCUUGUGGCGUUCGAAGCCACCGUGGGAAAAGGUCUUCCGGUUCUCUCGACGAUUCGGCGGUUGCAAGCGAGUGGGGACCACGUCACCCUCGUACAUGGCACGUUCAGCGAUGCCGUGGGGCACGUCUUGGCCGAAAUGGAAGCAGGCAACUCGUUUGGAGACGCUGUGACGACCGUGUACGAGAACGGGUGGACGGACGACGACCCCAGGGAUGAUCUCACGGGCCUCGUAUUGGCGAGGAAGGCAGUGGUCAUUUCGCGGCACUUGGGCAAACAAGUAGCUGUGAAGGACGUCGUGGUCGAAGGAUUGAUUCCUCGCCACAUGUUGAAUGGCACCGUGGCCUCGUUUUUCAAUGUCGUUGGGGAUCUCAAUGAAGGUUAUACAGUAACAUGAUGAAGGCUCAAAAGUAUGACUAAGACAGGGACAUGUCGCGCAGAAUUCAAGGCCAAGGGGGCGGAUGCUAAGGCGAACGGAAACAAGUUGGUGUUUGUGGCCAAGAUCAGUGAUGGAGGAGGUCAGGUGCGCAUUGGUCUUCAAAGCGUCGACCACACUCAUAGCCUCCAUGCAUCGCAACAUGGAGACAGCGUCGUGGAGAUUCAAACGACCAACUUUCCCCACGGCAUCCUCGUGCAAGUGGCAAAGCCGGACGCGACUGGCACCGUCGCGGCCAUCGUGGCCGACAUUGCGUCUUUGAGUUGCAUUUUGUUUCGGAGAUGCAACAUCCCUUAACGAUAAGACUAACGUUACUUGUGGUUGUUGGUCCUUCCCAAAUGCGCC